AUGACGACGUACGGCACCAUCCCGACCUCGUCGUCGCCGUCGGGUUCCACCUCCGCCUCCGGCGAGUACAUCGCCCGAGCCAAGGACCGUAUCAAGGCCGGCCUCGGCGCCCGCCGCCCCUGGAAGCUCAUGUUCGACUUCCGCUCCCUCAAUUUCGCCCACGGCUUCGGCGACGCGCUCACGCGCCUCCGCUACAACGCCUCCUACUUCCGCAUGAACUACGCCAUCAUCGUCCUCCUGAUCCUCUUCCUCAGCCUCCUCUGGCACCCGAUCUCGCUCAUCGUCCUCAUCGUGAUGCUCGCCGCCUGGCUCUUCCUCUACUUCCUCCGCGACGAGCCGCUCGUCCUCUUCGGCCGCACCGUCGACGACCGCAUCGUCCUGAUCGUCCUCAGCGUCGUGACGAUUGUGCUUCUCUUUCUGACGUCGGCCACGAUGAACAUCCUGGUGGCGCUGCUGAUCUCGGUGGUGGUCGUGGCGGUGCACGCCACGCUGAGGAAGACGGAGGAUUUGCACGUUGAUGAGGAGAACGCUGGAUUGAUGACCGGCCCGGCUGGAUCUUCAGCUUAG